AUGGCAAUCGUUGUUCAGUUCUUGCCCAAGAAGGUUAGAGAGUGUUUCCUGGAUUUGGGAUCUUUUUCAGAGGACAAGAAGAUCCCAUUGGAUGUCCUCAUAAACAUGUGGGUCGAGAUUCACGUUGUUGAUGAGGAAGAAGCUUUUGCUAUCCUUGUUGAGCUUGCAGACAAGAACCUCCUCACUCUCGUCAAGGAUGCAAGGGUUGGAGAUCUUUAUAGCAUUUACCAUGACAUCUCCGUGAUUCAACACGAUGUGUUGCGUGAUCUCACCAUCCAUAUGACGAAUCAUGGAGAGAUAAAUGAACGGAAGCAGAUUAUCAUGUCAAGAAGGGAGAUUGAGCUUCCGAGAGAAUGGGAGAGAAAUGCUGGCAAGCCAUUCUGCGCUCAGAUAAUUUCAAUUCAUACUGGUGAAAUGAAAAAAAUGGACUGGCUCACCAUGGACCUCCCCAAGGCUGAAGUUCUCAUCAUCAAAUUCUUUGCAACGACUUACUUCCUGCCUCCAUUUAUCCACAACAUGCCGAGGCUGAGAGCACUGAUAGUCAUUAACCAUCAUAGCCAAAACGCCACCCUCCGAAACCUCUCCAUCCGCUCCAACAACAUCAACCUUUGA